AUGAUUGAUAUUGAUUCAAUGCAACGCUAUGUUUCUCCCGUGAAUCCGGCAGUAUUUCCCCACUUAACAGUGGUACUGCUGGGCAUAGGGAUAUUUUUUACGGCGUGGUUUUUCGUGUACGAGGUAACGAGUACGAAGUUCACGAGAGACAUUUUCAAGGAACUUCUUGUAGCCCUUGUUGCAGCAAUAUUUUCUGGUUUUGCACUCCAGGCCGCAGCUCCAGGAAUGACUCAAAACAUCUCACAUGUCACUGUUAUUGGAAAUGCAUUGUCAGCUAUUCAGAAAUUUUUCAUUCCACUAAGUGUGAAUUUGACGAUUAAUUAAGUGCAAUAAAGAAAGGACCGUUUGUACAUGCUGUGUUCAUAAAUAAACUUGUUAUACUCAAAGACUGUUAUUGUCAU